AUGAUGUGGAGUUUUGCAUCAAAUGCCCUUACAAGCAUUAGAAUGAAAAGAGGCUCCAAACAUGUAAGUGAAACUAGUGCAGAAUGCUCGGAUGAUGAGGUCUGUUCCAAUGCCAGCAGAGACGAAGGACUAGAAUGUCCAAUAUGCUGGGAAUCGUUCAACAUAGUUGAGAAUGUGCCCUAUGUCUUGUGGUGUGGCCACACCCUCUGUAAAAAUUGUGUCUUAGGACUGCAAUGGGCUGUGAUGAAUUUUCCUACUCAGCAAAUCAGGAUCCCGUUCUUCAUUUCUUGUCCAUGGUGCCAUUUGUUAUCAUUCCGGAUCAUUUACAAGGGAAAUCUUAAAUAUCCUUGCAAGAACUUCUUCCUGCUUUGGAUGGUCGAGAGUCUGAAUGGUGAUAGGCAUAAGCUUGUUGCCUCCUGUGGGGACAUUCAACCAAUGUGGUCUCUCAAGUGCAACCUUUUGGGAAGUCAAGUCAGUAAUUGUAACCUAAGAAGGGGCUCAAUCAGUCCUUGUUCUAGUCACGUGGGAUCUAACCGUGAUGUUGGUGUCAGUGGAGAGAGACACUACUUUUCCCUUUAUAAAUAUCUGGAUUUCUUCCUUCACUUUACAUCCAAGUUCCCAUUGAUCGUUAUUUUCCUUCUGAUUGCCCUUUUUGCAAUUCCGUGCAGUGCUGUUAUUUUAAUCCUUUACUUACUAGUCACUAUUCUUUUUGCUAUACCAUCGUUCCUCGUAUUGUAUUUUGCAUACCCUACGAUCCAGAGGCUGAUAACCGAAAUUACAUCUUAA